AUGGCGCAACCGGUGAUUCCUCGGUUUGUUGUGUUGAGAUCAAACGGUGACAAGUAUUUGCGUUAUACUAAAGAAGGAGAGUAUGUGAAAUACGUAAAAUGCGAGGGAAAUGAUAUUCUUGAUCCCCUAUCCAAGUUCAGAGUGGAGAAAUCGAAGAGCAACCAAGAUUUAGUCCACAUAAGAUGCUGUUAUAACAACAAAUACGUUGCUCGCAUUGACGCAUCGACGCUUUAUAUCGGCGCAGCAAGUGAUGCGGUGGAGGAAGACCAAUCCAAAUGGUCGUGCACGCUGUUUAAACCUGUGCUCAAAGAUGGCGUAACAUAUCGUUUCCAGCACGUUCAGACCGGAAACAAUCUCUGCCAUUUGCGAACAGGGGGCGCUGCUAAUGAUCACUGCUUAGCUGUCCAAUGGUCUGGCCCGGACAAAAAUGGAUGGGAUCUCUUCACAUUCACCGACUGGGAAUCGCUGGUCAUACUGCCCAAACAUGUGGCAGUGAAGGGAGACAACGGCAAGUAUCUAUUCUACCGCGGGAACGGAGACGAACACAUGGAAUUUGGAGCUACUGAUAUCGGAGAUAGCAGAAUUGGGGAGCAAAUCUUCACCAAUCCGGACGGAAGCAUCCGCUUGAAGCAUGACUCCAAUGGAAAAUUCUGGGGGGCUAUUCCAAAUUGGAUAUAUCCAGACUCAAGUGAUGAGUCCGACUCCAAUCCAGCAACAUCAUUUUGGCCAGUGAAAAUCAAGGGUAACGCAAUCGCACUCCGUAACAAGGGUAACGACAGAUAUUUGCGCAGAACCAAUUAUGGUGGCACGGUGGACUGUCUUGCUGCAGCGUCUUCAGCGACGACUAUUGACAAAGAAAGCUACCUGGUGCUGGAGGAGCUAGUGAACAAGAGAGAGAUUUAUGAUGUGGAGUACCGGCUAGACGACGCGAGAGUGUAUAAUGAAUCAAUCAUGACAUUAGCACGCUCCUGUGUCACAAACAUGACUCAAGAAACAGAAACAUUAGAGGUGACGAUGAGUUAUAAUCAGGAGUCGAUGUACACCGUCACUACCGGUACUUCCUCCUCAUCUUCUUUCAGUAUCAAAUUUUCGAUUGGUAUUCCUGAAAUUGCAGAAGAGAGCGUUGAAAUCAACAAGACAACCGAGAGCGAUUACGAGUGGGGAACUACUGUAAAUUCAUCCACCACUUUGACAAAAACAGUCCCCGUAAGCGUCAAUCCCAUGACAAAGACAACGCUCACUCUUGUUGCAACGCUUGGAUUCUGCGAUGUUCCUUUCUCCUACACUCAGACAGACACUCUCACUAAUGGCCAAAGAGAAACCACCGCAAAGAAUGACGGUCUUUUCAGUGGUGCCAAUUGCUUCAAGUUCCGCACUGAAGCCUCUGAUGAACCACUAUAA